GAUGUAUAGUGACCCACUAAUAGAAAAAAAAACAACCCACAGUACCAGUCCCGGAAAAUGAGGGCUUCAUUCUGUCCCAUUCAUUUCGGCUGGUAAAAAGAAAAUCUCAAAUCUGUUUCUGAGAAUUGGUGGAACUGAAAGUGAUUUCGAAAUGGACAAUGCUGAGUUUCAGAGGAAGUAUGGGCCUGUAGCAAAGAAGCGAUUUAAGAAGAGAAGGAAAAGGGCUGCAAAGUCCUCAAAUAGCUUCAAAAAGAGAAGCAGGAUAUCUGGGUUAAGGAAAUUCAGAAAGGACUUUGCGAGGAAUGGAAACAAUAAUGAUGAAAAUACUGGUAACAAUGAAAAAGAUGAUGAUGGGAUCACUCAAUCUAACAGAAUAGUGAAUAAAAAUGACAAAUGGUUUCAAGAUUUCUCUUGUUUUGAGCUGAUUUAUGAUUGGAAGAGCAUUCGCCCAUAUUUUGAUCCAAUAACAUUGAACAAACCAUUUAUUUAUUUUGAUGAAGAAAAAAUUGAAAUGUCUGAAUUGGAUACCUUUAAGGUUAAAUCAUUGAAAAUCUUGUGCUGUUUGAAAAUAGUAGAGAAUUGUGAUUUAAUUGAUAUGGAUCAUUUAGGUGUUGAUGGUUUUGAUGAUGAUAUUUGGUUAAAAAUGUGGGAAAUUAUAUUGAGAAAUAAUCUUGAUAGUUUCAGGAUUUUUAAUAUUUUUUAUCAGCGAUUUAAAGUGAAGGCUGAAUUUAAAUGUCAUGUUAUUAAAGAUGUUUUUAACAAUAAUAGAGAUAAGGUGGUAUAUCAUAAUUUAAUACCGGACCUUAAGCAUAGAAUUGAGGUUCUUGGGAGUAAUAUUUUAUUUGAUGAUUUUGCUUCUAGAUUAUCAUAUAAUUAUCAUCUUAAUGAGAAAACUUAUUAUAUGAUCAAUUUAUCUUAUUUGUGUGGGAAUUCGAUUAUAAGCCAUGAAAAUUUAUUAAAGUUAUUUAAUAUAGAUAAUUUGAUAGCGUUGAGUUUAAAUGGAUUGAAAAAUGUUGAUGAUAAUUUUAUUGAUACAAUGGUGAUGGCGAUUAAAAAUGGGAAAUUAAAGAAUCUAAUUUGUUUGACGAUAGUUGGUACAUCUAUUAGUUCGUAUUCGUUAACAAGGUUAUUUCAAUUAGGGCGUGAAUAUAAAUAUAGCAAGUUGGUUUAUAUUGAGAGUUCGACAUAUAUAAAUGAAAUGGAAUUGAGAGGAUUGAAUUGGAUUAACUAUAAAGAGCGAUUAAAAGUCAAGGAAAUACAGAAAAAAGAAUUAGGAUUAAAGUUACAAUUUUUAAGUGAGAAUUUUACAAGUUUAUUUAAAGCUAUUGAGAAGGAGGAUAUAUUUAAGCCAGAAUUAAAUCAUCUUUUACUUGAUUUCCAGAUUAUGAAUAAAAAAAUAAUCUCUGAAAGAAUGGAUAAUUUUGAAAAUAUUAAUUUUGAUUACGAAGAAAUGUGGUUAGAAAAAAUUAGAAUUAAAGAAAGGGAAAUUUAUGAAAAUAAUUUCAGUUACAUAAUUGAUGAAAAUUAUCUUAUAAAUAACAAUAGUGGAAAGAUAGUUUGUCAAGAGAAUGAGAGCUCAUUGACUGAAAAAAAUAAAAGUGAAAAUAAUAGUUUCAGUGAUAAUAAUAGUUUCAGUGAUAAUAUUAUAGAUAAUAGAUAUAGAUGUGAGGGAGAUAAAAAUGAUAAAGUUAAAUUGGCUGACAGGUUGAAAAUUCAAAUGAAACUGAAUGCCAAAAUCAAGAUUAAAAAAUCAUCAACCACUCUUAAUAAAUUUUUUGGAUUAUAAGUUAUAAUCGGUUGGAUCUUUAUUUGUACAAUCGAUUAUUUUUGCUAAACCCUCUUCGAAUAUUUUAGCAUUAUAAUUUAGUAUUGCCUGGCCGUUAAUGGAGUCACAUAAUUGAUCAUCUUUGAUGUAAACAACUAAACAUAAAGAUUUGAUCAUUUGUUUUAAAUAGAUUUUCAUAUCUGGUAAUAAAGUGCAAUGGGAGGUGAUUUUUUGUUGUUUUUUACGGGAUUGAAUUUCACUGUCUGUAUCAUCUGGGUGAGUAGGAAGAUAUAAACUGUUAAUAUCGACGCUUAGAUCAAUGAAUUGAGAGCAAACUUCGUAUAAUGUUGAGUCUGAGGGACUAGAGUCGGUUACAAAAUAUAAUUUUGUUUUAACGUCACAUAAAAAGGCCUUUUCGAUCUUUGAGUGUUGGACUAAAUGGUUAAGGAUAUUUUCUAGAGAAGGUAGGCAAGGAACCA